AUGACCGCACAAAUGGAGACCGAGCAUCAGGAUGAGUCUCUGGACUUCUUGUCGGGAACGGUGCAGAAUCUCAAGAAGUUCGGCGGCGCCAUUUCAGAGGAACUGGACAUGCACUGCCGACUGCUCGGGGAGAUGGAGGACCAGACCGACAACUCGCGAGGUCGAAUACGUCAGCAGCAGGUUCUUUGCCAUUCGGUCUUGCUAGACAAAUCGGGGCGGUUCAAAGCGUCCGCCCGCCAAGACCUGCAUCUUCGUGAUGGCUGUGGCAAUCUUCGUCCCUUUCUCAGCUUUCUCCAGGUACGUCUCAACCUGUCCCAAUUCAUAACGGACGAAUUUGUCAUGCCUACCCUUGCGCCACUCGCACUCGCCCGCCCGGACUGGGUAAGCACUGCCGAGCAGCGCCUUUAUGCGCUUCUGACAACCGGCCAGCCCGCACCUGUGGAUAUCCUCGUGGCCGAGCUUGCCGACACCUUGCACAUUACCGUGGAGCAGGCCCGACGUGAAGCUGAGCACCACUUGGACCUCGCCGGCAUCCUCAACUCAGGACCCACCAGUCCAAGUGGCACUCCGUUUAUCCGCACCGUGGGCCAGACGCCGAAGGCAGCACUUUUGAACUGGGGCUCUCCGACAGCUUCGCCAACGGGCCCAGAGGUGAUCCAGCGCACGCGCCGGCGAGCGCGAACCGAGGGCCACUUGCAGGUGCCGGCCCCUGGCAGCCCACCAUCGGAGGUCAAGGUCGAGAUCAAGCCAAUUGUGCCGUCGAAGAUCUCCGUGGCGGUGGUGGCUCCAGGCGCCGGCACAGGCAUCAACGGCGCAAUCUACUCCGAGCUGGGCCGCAAUCCAUCCUUCAAGGUGGAGGUCGUGGGGCGCUCGCGAGCCGCUUACGACGUCUACCCGCCAUGCUGGCCACAUGGCGCUCCAGCGCCGAACCUCAUGAGCUUUGCCGAGGAGGUAUUGGAGACCCGCGUGCACACUCAAGUCCAGACCAUGGUCUUUGGCUCCCGCGGCGGGCAAGUGGUGCUGCCUCACAUGUGGCAGGCAGAGGCGCAGGGGCUGUCGCCUCCGGUCCCUCCGGUAGUGGUCAUCAACGGCGGCUGCGCCAUGAAGCUUCCGAGCCCUGUUUUCUGGCCGGACUACGCCGUGUCAUUCCUGCUGAUUGGGGGCAACGACAAUUUCAGGGGCCGGCUCAGCAGGGACGACUACGUGGCAGAGACCAGGAGUCACGUCCCUCCCGCCAACAAGACCACGGCCAUUCUGUUUGUGAACGAGAUGACCCACAUGCCCCAGCAGCCGCUGUUGCGAGGGGUGCUGAAGCUGAUGCUGAAGGCAAUUUCAUCCUGGAAGGCUGAUGGCAAGGUACCCCUGCAGUUCUUCAGAGACAUCCUGGCUUUCCUGAGACAGGACGGAUGGAGCGGAAGGCUGCUCUACACGACGGCUCCCGGCGCCUGGGAGGACAUCGCAUUUAGCUCCUUCGACAUCGACAAGCUGCAGGUACAGGGCGUCGUCCCAGUGAGUGACGAGUCGCUGGCGCCAGAGUUCACGGCCAAGGAUGAGGUGAAGGCCGAGAUCUGGAAGAUGUCUCAAGCCAUGAAGCGCUGUGGCGGGCUGCCGUGGUGGCCGCAACUGGACCCAGCAAGGGGCAUCGCUUGGUGA